GGCAAGGUCAAUGUCGACGCAAAGGACAUCUAUGAACAGACGCCGCUCUUGCGAGCGGCAGAGUGCGGGCACGAGGCUAUAGUCAAACAGCUGCUUAAGACGGGCAAGGCCAAUGUCGACGCAAAGGACAUCUAUGAGCAGACUCCACUCUUGCAGGCGGCAGAGCGCGGGCACGAGGCGAUAGUCAAGCUGCUGCAGUCGCACAAAUACACUGCACUCUCUUAG